UUUCUUCCUAGAGAUAUAAGAAAGACGAAACUUCAGUCCCUUAAAACAUUCAGCUAGUGUGAAAGAGUCUGGUAUAUAGCUGUACUUGGAGCUCUCAUUCGACGUAUAUUUUUUGUUAAACCAUGGUACGCCAAACCAUUGAUCGAUUUGAGGUAAAACAAGAGAAAAUCAAAGUGUUGACUGUAACAAUUGUGAAAGCAAAUUAUGUGACCAUUCAAGGAUUUGUAACAAAAUAUUUAAGUUUUUUGCCUUUUGAAAAACCGGAUCCCUAUGUGAUGCUGCGAGUUCCAACCAGUCCCAACAGCAAACAACGGACAACAGUCAAGUCAGACACAUAUAAUCCAGUUUGGAAUGAAAGCUUUAAAUUUUACCUUAGUCAUGACAAGGAAAACAAACUAGAGAUAACUGUGAAAGAUGAGGAUGUUGUUUCAGAUGACAUGAUUGGCACACAGGAGCUUCGACUGGAUGACCUAGCUAUGGAUACUGAGAUUACAAAAAUGGUGAAAGUAAACGAGAAAACUGUUCUGGAGAUUAAAUUGCUGGUGAAAUACGAUGACACUAAGGAAUUGAGACUAAGCUAUGACUUGUGCGACGAAGAAAAGGAAUUUUUAAAGAAAAGAAAGGCAGAAAUUUUCAAAAACAUGUCAAGAAUUCUAGAUGAUGAUGCAGCACCGAAGAGCAUUGACGAGGUGCCAACGAUUGCCAUCAUGGGAUCAGGAGGAGGAUAUAGGGCUGCGUGUGGAUUAUCAGGGGUAUUUCGUGCACUUCAGGACGCCGGGAUAUUUGACUGUUCUUCAUAUGUCACUGGACUUUCCGGCUCAUCAUGGUACAUAUCGACAUUGUACAUGCACGAAGGGUGGCCUGAUCAUAUAACAUGUAAAAACAUGGCAGAGGAACUAAAGGAGAAAUUUGGAACCAGUAUGUGGACGCAUUUUCACGGUCAUUUUCUAAGACACAUGAAAGAAAAAGAACAGCGAGGUCAACUGGUCAGACUUGUUGAUUUAUUUGGAUUAUUUGUUGGAGAUUGCCUUUUGGACAAUCAAGAAUCAAAACUAAGCCACCAAACUCGUAAAAUCAAAUUCGGCGAAGUUCCUCUACCCAUUACAACUGGGAUCCGAGUACGUUUUGAUUUGCCAGCAGCUGAAUUUAGUGAAUGGGUGGAGUUUACACCAUUCGAAUAUGGUUUGGCCAAAUAUGGUGUGUUUGGGAAAAUGGAAGAAUUUGGAGGCAAGUUUUAUAAAGGGUGUUUGGUCAGGAAAUAUGAAGAGGCACCAUUGUCUUAUUUACAAGGAAUAUGGGGUAGUGCGUUUGGCAUAAUCCUUCACACACUGUUCAACAAGAAGCAUAACGAUGUAUCUGAAGAUGAUGUCUUAGGAGAGCUUGAAAAAACCGCUCUCGAAGAAGGAAGCCGGGUUAAAACUGCAGAUGAUGAAAGUGAUGACGAAGAGGAUCAAGAUGAAUUGCCUGAAGAUGAAAUAGACGAUGAUUGUUGGUUGGUAGAUGCCCUAAAUCCAGUCAAUCUCAUUGCGUCUCGGCGAGGAAAAGCUGCUGAAGUUUUUAACAUUCUACGAGGUCUGCAGUUCAAGAAGGAACAAGAAGAUGAUUUCGACUCGGCACCUGGAAAUCACAAGACAAUGUGCUUGGUAGACAGUGGUAUCGCAUUCAACUCGCCUUAUCCGACCAUCCUACGUCCUGAACGGAAAGUUGAAAUUAUUCUAUCGUUUGAUUUCAGUCAGAGAAGUGGCGGUGAUAAAGAAUUGCCAUUUAAAAAUAUCCUAAAAGCUGAACGCUGGGCCAAAGAGCAAGGGUUACCAUUUCCACAAAUCGAAGAGAACCCAGUGUUGAAGAAUACCGACAUUCAAGAAUGCUAUUUAUUUGAAGACCUGGGAAACCCCGAAUGUCCAAUCGUUUUACAUUUUCCUCUUGUGAAUAAGACAUUUAGGGAUUUCAGCGAACCAGGAGUACCGCGGGUGACAGAAGAGGAUAAAGACUUUGGAAACUUCGACAUCUUUGAUGAUCCUGAAAAGCCUUAUUCGUCCUUCAAUUUCGAAUACACUGGUAAAAGAUUUGACAGACUCCAUGAACUUAUGAGGUAUAACACUUUGGCUCACAUGGACGCAAUUAAGGAAAAGAUUGCAUACAAGACCAAGUUCCGACGAAAUAAUCCUGAAUAUUGUCGUUAGUUACUACGAAAUUCAGCGUACUAUAAUAUAUAGAUACAAUUAGUUAGAGAAAAGUGACGGAUUCUAAGCGAUUGGAAAUAACGCAGAUUUAAUAUAGUCUGUAAAUAAAUUUUAUUUUUACUGGUGGCUACUUAUUUUAACUUCAUAUAUGACAUCCAGUACUAUAGUUGCGCAUGUAUGAGGCUCUUUUUAACAUAUAUUGAAUCAGGAGAUGAACAUGUUGAUUUUGUAGACUUUUCAGUCUAUGAAAUAAUAAGGUUAUCAUUACUAAUUG